CUUUCAGUCGAGCAAAGCAAUGGCGUAGUCGCGUGGUCUGUGCCUCUGUGGUCGCGUGAAAAAUUGUGCCGUUUUUUCCCUGAACAAGUUGCCACACAAUCAAGAUAAAAAGAUGUGCAUUUUCAAACUGGCCAUGGCUGAGAGAUUUGAUGAGAGAUUGAACUGAUUUCAUCAAACGUGGCACGGCAGUCCCCCAACAUGUGACCGAAAACUCAUGGCGCCCAAAAAAUGGAGGAUCCAUCAUUUUUCUCGAGCUAAUAUGAUUGGGAAUCGUCGGAGCGGAAGCCAAGGGAGAAGAAGAAAGAAAGGACAAUGGAGUCGACUCGUAAUGACGUCGCCGUCGUUUGACAUUAUCGUCGACCCAACCAACGGGAGCCCCCUCCCCGGACUUUCUCUUGUUCGAUCAUCAGGAGUCGGUGAGCGGAGAAUCAUCGGAUAACAACGCAACAAACCUCGUCGCCCGCUAGACUGGCCAUCGAAGCUCUCCUCCUAUCCCUCUCCGUGGUUUUCUAUGGACGACGGAUACUACGUUGGUAGGGUGGUGGAUGUCGGUGGUUACAAAUCACUUUCCAUUCAAAGGGAAGAAUCGUCCAAAGACCGUGGAAUGGGUCUUUGAUUGUUGUGAAUCCAAAAGGAAGGAAACAAAAGAAAGAAGAAGAAGAAAAAGCCAAGACGGGGCGAACCAAAAAAAUACGAUCGAUUGGGAAAAAGAAGAGAUGAAGAUGAUGGAGACUCGUGUCCUCUCUUGGUCGUGACGAUGUUCUCCAAGUGAGUCGCUUUGUCAAAACAAAGUAGCAACUGUCCACCCCCAUCAAGAACCAAUCAAAUCUCCUCUCUAAAUUCGAUCUGGCCAUCCAGUUAACCGGAGUAAAAAAAAAAACAAAGAUUGAUUCUUUGAGUGAUUUUGUGUUUGUCCAAGUGUUCCAAAUUAUCAACCAGAAACAUCUGCAAACUCACCCUCAUCCUCCCACAGAAAGAAAGCAAAAAUUCAGCGACGAAUCAGUUGGGCGGGUUACGGAACUGUCUAAAAGCUGAUGCCCGUCAAGAGCCGGCCGAGUGAUCUGCAGGUGGUGACGUCGCCGUAUUCCGUAUUCAGCACGAUGGACGCGGAAAAUCGGGUGGUGCUCAACUGCGGCGGCAUCCGCCACGAAACGUACAAGGCUACGCUGAAGAAGAUUCCGGCUACGAGGCUCUCUAGGCUGACGGAGGCCCUGGCCAACUACGACCCCAUUCUCAACGAGUACUUCUUCGACCGGCAUCCAGGCGUCUUUGCACAAGUCCUCAACUAUUACAGAACGGGGAAACUUCACUACCCAACCGACGUCUGCGGACCCCUUUUCGAAGAGGAACUGGAAUUCUGGGGAUUGGACUCCAAUCAAGUGGAGCCCUGCUGCUGGAUGACCUACACUUCGCAUCGAGACACGCAAGAAACGCUGGCCGUACUGGACCGGCUCGACUUGGACACGGACAAGCCCAGCGACGAGGAGCUGGCCCGCAAGUUCGGCUUCGAAGAGGCUUACUACAAUGGCGAACUCUCGUGGUGGCAGAAAACCAAACCGAAAAUCUGGUCACUUUUCGACGAGCCUUACUCGUCCAAUUCGGCCAAGAUUGUGGGUUUGAUCUCUGUGUUCUUCAUCUGCAUUUCGAUCCUGUCGUUUUGCCUGAAAACGCACCCGGACAUGCGGGUGCCGGUGAUCCGCAACCUGACGGUGCACACGUCGUUCAACUCUACGGCCUGGACGCUGGACAAGACGCAGACCAACGCCCACGAGGCCUUCUUCUACAUCGAAGCCGUCUGCAACACGUGGUUCACGAUCGAGAUCCUGAUGCGCUUCAUCGCCUGCCCCAACAAGUUCCUCUUUGUCCGGGCCUCGGUCAACAUCAUCGACUACGUGGCCACCCUGUCGUUCUUCAUCGACUUGGCCCUGCAGAAGUUCGCCUCGCACCUGGAGAACGCCGACAUCCUCGAGUUCUUCUCCAUCAUCCGCAUCAUGAGGCUGUUCAAAUUGACGCGCCACUCGUCGGGUCUCAAGAUCCUCAUCCAGACGUUCAGGGCCUCGGCUAAAGAAUUGACGCUGCUCGUCUUCUUCCUCGUCCUGGGCAUCGUCAUCUUCGCCAGCCUCGUCUACUACGCCGAGAGGAUCCAGGCCAAUCCGCACAACGACUUCAACAGCAUCCCGCUCGGACUGUGGUGGGCCCUGGUCACCAUGACCACCGUCGGCUACGGAGACAUGGCUCCCAAAACCUACGUCGGCAUGUUCGUCGGGGCUCUCUGCGCCCUGGCCGGCGUGUUGACCAUUGCCUUGCCCGUACCUGUCAUCGUCUCCAACUUUGCCAUGUAUUACAGCCACACCCAGGCGAGAGCGAAAUUACCGAAGAAACGACGGCGAGUGCUGCCGGUGGAGCACGCCAGCGGACCUAGAGGACCCCAGCUGGCCAUCAGACCGGGAGGCGGGACCGGUCCGGGCAGCGCCGGAGGUCCGCGCUGUGCAGCCAGCGGAGGUGCCGGAAAUAUCCGAGACAGCGACGGAAUGCCGUCGAGGAUGAAGGCCAUCAAACCACCGCCCAACAACGCCAAGGACUUCACCGGCGGUCCUAAAAAUAUGGACCUCGACAGAACUUUGAACCCAAAUCCGGCCAGCAAUGGCACAUCCAAAGUUGGGCUGAGCACCAUGGGCGCCAUGAGCGUCACAGUCAGCCUCAACACCAACGGCGUCGGACUGGACUCGACCCUUUCGACGAUUGCGGCACCUGCCACUGGACCACCACCACCCGGAUCAGCGCCCAUCACCAACGGAUCAUCACCGACCAAUAACCAAACGACCAUCGGGGCCGUGACGUCGUCACCGGCCACUGUCGCCACCGCCCCGGCAGCUGCAGCGGCCGCCGCCGCCAUCACCAGCGCCGCAGCCAACAACAACACGGGCGGAGUCCUCAGUCCCGUCAGAGUCGAUUUGUAACAAAAGAAAACAACCAAUCGAUUUUUUCCUUUUUCUUUUGUUGUUUGACAAAUUCCCGAAAUCUUCAAAAUCAGAAAUGAUGAACAAAACGAAACCAAUCAGACGAGACAAAGAAAAGUUUCAAGCCGAACUUUUCCUUCCGUCAAAUGUGUGUUGCGAUGGAACAUUGUGUGUGUGUAUGAUAAGCAAAGCAAAUUGUAUUUUAAUUCAUUCUUCAUUCAUUUCAAUUCUAGCUAUUUUUGCUUAUUUCCUUAUCAUUCGUUUCUUCUCUAAUUUCCACGAGAGAAAGAAGAUGAAAAAUCUCCGCAAAAAAACGAACUGUUUCGUCGGAGGAUGACAUUUCAUUUCGCCCUGUUUUCAUCAAUUCACUUUGAAAGAAGUUAACGAAGAAGAAGAAGACUCUUUCAGUCCAUAUCCUUGUCAUAAAAAUUUCGCGUCGUUGCAACUUUGAUUUCCAUUUCCAUUUACUCUCGGUAUGUACCACACCACCCAAUGAUGACAAUUGUCGAACCCCCACCCAGAAAAUGCUGAUGAUUAUGUCCGCGUAACAUGUACACACACACAUUUCUUCGAUUCAUUGACAGCCUUUCAUUUCAAGAGGCACAUCUUUCACAUCAAUGAAAGAUUCAUCAUCUUUAAUAAUAUUAAUAACAAAGCUGUCUACCGAAAUAUUGUGUACGGCAUUCGCUUCAACGCAGCUCUCUGUACUUUCUUUUGUCCGUCUUUCAUCGCAGCCCCACACCCUUGAACUCACACAACCACUUUUGCUGCUGCUGCUGCUGUUGCCACGUUCGACGAUCUUUAUUACAUAGUACGAUAUGCUCCUGUAUACAUAAACAACAAAUUAUAUAUACUUACCAUCAAUGAUUUCUAGCAUGUUACUCCUUUCAUGACAACAAUUGCUCCUCCUCCCCUCCCCGUUCGUCUCUAAUCCAUUGACAAGAUUUCACUUUGCAACUUUUGAAUUCCGUUUUUUUCUUCUUUCUAAUAAAAUGCAAAUUCUAUGAUCA